AUGCAGGAACAACAGCAACAACGUAGUGACAAUAAAACACUGGUGGCACAGCAAACGAAUAUGCACCAUACGGCUAUCACAACUCAGUAUCAACAGCCUUUGCCAUCUGUAAAUCAUGUUAUGGGGCAGCAACAGCAAAGUCAUCAUCAGCAACAGCACCAACAACAGCCCUUAUACAAUGCGAACUCACAAAUACCUACUACAUCAACGCACUAUGUGCUUUCGCCAGCACCAUCAACGAAAACCGCGUCACACUGUUCUUCGUCAUCGCCUCAGCAGCAUGGGCAACAGCACUGCUCAACUCAGAUUAAAGCUCCAGCUUCAUGUCCUCCAUCACAGAAUCCGUCGCCAAGAGUCACAGCACCUUCUCCGUCAGGCCUUCAUUUUCAUCAACAGCAACCGCAGCAGCAGCAACAGCGACAUCACUCGAUAUCUGCUCAUACGACCGCAGUUCAUCAUCGCGCAACCGCAAGUCGAAGCUUCGAUGGAGAAUUCGAGAAUAUCCAGCAGCAACAGCAGCAGCACCAGCAGCAGCAGCAGCAGCAGCCUCAACCAGUAGUUCUACAGCAGCAACAGCAACCUCAACCAAUGCUUAUCCAAAAACAGCAACCCCAGUCAGUACUUGUACAACAACAGCAUCAUCAUUCUGCAGUUCAACAACAGCAGCAGCAGUCGCACGCCGUAGUUGUGCAGCAUCAGCCACAACCUCACGCCGUAGUUUUGCAGCAGCAGCAGCAACAGCAGCAGCCGCAACCUCAUUCCGUGGCCCUACAGCAGCGGCAGCAGUCUCAAAAUACACUUGUACAGCAGCACCCUCCUCUUCAGCAACUGCAGCAGAAUUUCUCGCAUCAGCAUUAUCAGGUGAUUGGUUUUGUUUUUUACGGCCUAUUUUUCAAGUUUUAG